AUACCAUCAACCACAUCGUUGUCGUGUGAAGCGCGCCAUCAAGGCAUUUGGAGGGUAGAUCUCUCUGUGCUUUAAGUGGCAUACGCGCCUGGGAACAAGGGGCACUGCUGCCCACGUCCACGGUGAUCCCUUGGCUGUCCAAGCCUAUCAUCGCUGCAUCGACCGCUGGCAGGAUACAUCCUCUGCCCUGCUCAUGCCACAUGAACACCCUCACUGCCACGGCGUGAUGAGCGAAGAGCGAAUCGUUGGCGCGCUAGAAGAGAAGACCAUAUACCUCGAUUAGACGUGAAACAGUGGACGUGAUGCAUGCGGCUUCCGCGCCCGAGCAGCGAACACCCAUCAUGCAAGCCACUUCGCCGCAUCAAGCCAACGCUUCCCUUCAUGCCGCAUACCACUCUCGGCAACGCUCCGCUUCCAACACCGGUCCUCAACCACCCGCGGCUCACUACCACCACCUCCACAGCGGGCCUUCUUCGCCGAAUACAUCCCGGCUGCCACCGCCCCCACCAUCACCCAUGGCUAAUCGCGAUCAGCGGCCGUCCUCAAGUUACUAUGACCCAACGAGUGAGGCAAGGGUUGGCAGCAGAGACUCCUCCAUCAGCACGCCAUACGUCGAACGCUCGCCCAUGCAGAGCCGAGCGACCUUUGAUCACUUCCCACCGCCGGCCGCAUACGUGAACGGCAACGGUGCCGAUCACAGGGCAUCGACUUACGGACCAUCGUCCAUAGCCAGCCACGCUCAUCCUGCGCCAACUAACGGCAACGCACGUUCGCCGGUAGCAGCUUUCGAACCAAGUCGAAGCAACAGCAUGCACUCCCACGUGCCGAGUACCGAUAGUGCUGCGCCGCCUUCUUCACGGCCCUCGAACCCCAUGUCAAUGAUGAACCUGCUAUCGGAUUCCGCUGCGCCACCGAAGCCUGCAUUCAAGCAGUCAAGCAAGCCAACAACUUCGCCUGAUGUGGCCGAGGUGAAAUCGGCGACUCGUAGAGUAAGCCGUACGUCGAGCACUUCGCAACAUCUCCAGCCCCGCGUCAAGCAAGAGCCAACGGAGACUUCUCGCGCACCGCCACCACCCAACAAGGUCGCUAUUGAGCCCGCUUACGCUACAGCCAGCCGGAACACACCAGCCAAGCCCGCCAUUGCUCCGCAGACGGGCCCACCUGGCUUGACUGUCCGCGAUACCGAAGCAGCGUGGAAUGAGAUACAAGCUCGGGAUCUCUCGGACGUGGAAGAGCUGUCCCCUUGGAUGGAGACCCAGAAGCAGGAGUACAUGAGGAGUUCCCGAAAGCGGACGCUCGAACUCGAGGUCACCGAGAAAGUGAAGCGGAAGCGGAGACGGCUGAACCUUAUCAACAAGUACUACGAGCAUUUCAAUGCAGCUGCAGAGGCGGAGCGCGCUGCGUACUUACAAGUGCACGAAGAUGAGGUUGCAGACGAGGUGCGCUUGAAGGAGGUUGAGGAAGACAAGGAGCGGAAGAAGGACCAGCAACGGAAGAGAAGAAGAGAAAAGGCGAUUGCUGACGAGCAAGUCAAACGUGAAGAGGCCUUGCAGAACUUGUCGGCUGCACAAGAUCCGGAGGAGAAGACACGGUUGGAGAAGGAAAUUGCACGCUUUGACAAGAAGAUCAGGGAUACGCAGAGCAGAUUGCAGGGUAUCACGCCGACCAAGGAGUACCGCACCGAAAGUCCAGCGGCUCAGCUCGGUAGGCGGGAUAAAGAUGUCGCGCUGGAGGGAGGCUUCAUGACGUCUUUCUACACUGGCGGCAGCAUCAACAAUCAGACCCCGGAUGACCUAACUGCAGCCGAGUAUGCCGCUGGCGGCCACGGGGCUAAGCGAGGCGGACGUAGCGGCGCGGGCACAGGAAGGGCUAGAAAGAGCAAGGAGCAGAAGGAAGCCGAGAAAGCUCGCGCAGCCGGUGCGCAAGCCUUCCUCGACCAGGGCCAAGAUCUACCUCUCAUUGCACCCAAGGAGGAAGAGAGGCUGGCAAGCUAUGCCGCUCGCUUGCCUCUGGUUACGCGCGAGGAGUCGGAGCCUUUGAGCGACAUGACACCAGUGGGCAGCUUCGAGCUCCACAUGCAACCGACGGCGGGUCUGAACGGCAUGGCCAAGUUUGACAGCAAGGGUUACAACCAGAUCUACGAGCAGAUAUCGCGUGACUUGGCCAAGCAGGUGCCAAAGGUCGUGCGCAUCAGGAAUAACGGCAUCGACACGAAGCAGUCGAAUGCGCGCAAGACUGCACAGUUGGCGGCGAAGGAGGCUCGCCGGUGGCAAUUGCGCACCAACAAGUCGACCAAGGAUGUUGCGGCUCGUGCCAAGCGAGCGAUGAGAGAGAUGCUGGGCUUCUGGAAACGCAAUGAGCGUGACGAGCGUGAGGGCAGGAAGGUUGCGGAGAAGGCUGAGCUGGAUAAGGCGAAGAAGGCGGAAGCGGAUCGUGAAGCUAACCGGCAGAAGAGGAAGUUGAAUUUCUUGAUCUCGCAGACCGAGUUGUACAGCCAUUUCAUCGGCAAGAAGGUGAAGACUGAUGAGAUUGAGCGGGCUGGGGCCGAAGGCGACCUACAAACCAGCGGGCAGACGAUCCGAAAUGACGACAAAGAGCAUACGGUCGAUUUGCCGAACACCGUUGCGAAACUGGGGACGAAGGUCACGAACUUUGAUGAUCUCGACUUUGAUGCUGAGGAUGAGACGGCAUUGCGGGAAGCCGCUAUGGCAAACGCCCAGCAUGCCGUCCAGGAGGCGCAGGAUCGUGCCCGUGCCUUUGACCGGCAAGCUGCUGCCGCGGGCGAAGGCGAGCUCUCGGGCGCGCAGGCGAGCUUCGAUGAAGGCGAGAUGAACUUCCAGAACCCGACCUCGCUGCAGUCGAUGGACGUUGCGCAGCCGAAGAUGCUUACCUGUCAGCUCAAGGAGUAUCAAUUGAAGGGUCUCAACUGGCUCGUCAACCUCUACGAGCAAGGCAUCAACGGCAUUCUGGCCGACGAGAUGGGGCUGGGGAAAACCGUGCAGUCGAUCUCCGUCAUGGCGUAUCUGGCUGAAGUCCACGACAUCUGGGGACCUUUCCUCGUCAUCGCGCCAGCGAGUACGCUGCACAACUGGCAGCAGGAGAUUACGAGAUUCGUGCCUAGCAUCAAAGUGCUGCCGUACUGGGGUGCGGCCAAGGACAGGAAGGUGCUGCGCAAGUUCUGGGAUCGCAAGCAUAUCACCUACAACCGCGAGUCGCAGUUUCAUGUGCUCGUCACGUCGUACCAGCUGGUUGUGCAAGACGCGGCGUACUUCCAGAAGGUGAAGUGGCAGUAUAUGAUCCUGGACGAGGCGCAAGCGAUCAAGUCAUCGCAAUCGUCACGCUGGAAGUCUCUGCUCGGCUUCCAUUGCCGUAACCGCUUGCUGCUGACUGGCACGCCGAUCCAGAACAAUAUGCAAGAGUUGUGGGCGCUACUGCACUUCAUCAUGCCUAGCCUGUUCGACAACCACGACGAAUUCUCCGAAUGGUUCUCGAAGGACAUUGAGAACCACGCACAAUCGAACACGAAGCUGAACGAGGACCAGCUGAGACGCUUGCACAUGAUCCUCAAGCCUUUCAUGCUUCGCCGCGUGAAGAAGCAUGUACAGAAGGAGCUGGGCGACAAGAUCGAGGAGGACGUGUUCUGCGAUUUGACGUACCGACAGCGAGCGUACUACUCGAACUUGCGCAACAAGAUCAGCAUUCUGGAUCUUAUCGAACGGGCCGCGGUGGGCGAUGAUCAGGACACGGCGACCUUGAUGAACCUGGUGAUGCAGUUCCGCAAGGUCUGCAACCACCCGGAUCUGUUCGAGCGUGCUGAGAUCGUGAGUCCGAUGUCCAUGUCCUCUUACGCCGAGACGGCUAGUUUCAUGCGGGAGGGGCACUUUGUGCAGGUCGCGUAUUCGGUUAGGAACCCGAUCGAGUACUGGUUGCCGGGCAUGCUUGGCGACGCGGCCGGCAGGCUGGACAUCGCUGGGCCUGAGAAUGUGGAGGCUGGCUGGAGGCGGAGAGUGUUGAGUACCGAUCUGAAUGUGUGGGAUGAGCGAAAUAUCCGCGACGGUGAGCAACGCAGGGGCGCGUUCUCGUGGUUGCGGUUCGUGGAUCAGUCUGCGACUGAAGUAGCGAACGUGGCACGCAAGACGCUCGUUGCGCGUGCUGUUGACUUGGCGAAGGAUGACCGACAAAGUCGCCUUGGUCGCUUGAGGGUGGCUUACGAUGACGACAACGACGAGCAGGAGAAUGCUGGGUUCACGCGAGUCAACUCCAUGCUCAAUAUCGUGUCACGCAAUGAUCGGAGGCCGCUCGCUGAGGUCACGGCGCAAGGGCACUUGCGUCAGCUGAUGAAUAUCUCGCAGCAAGCUGUGGCAGAGAAGGGCUACGGCGUCAUUGAGGCGUGCUAUAUGCCUGCUGCGUCUGCGCCUCCGAUCGAGCUGGUGUGCCCAAGCCAGAACGCAUUGGUGGAGAAGGAGACGACGUUCUUCAAUGUCCCGGUGCGCAGAGCGCUAUAUCCGAUCAGUAUUAACACUGAAACAGCGUUGCUCGAGCGCAAGAUCUCACCUUCGAAGUGGCCGGUGACGAACCUGCUACCAGCGCCAGAAAGCCAGAAGCAGCGCUUUACAAAGAUCCAAGUACCCAGCAUGCGUCGCUUCGUCACGGACUCUGGUAAGCUUGCGCGCCUGGACAGACUACUGCGCGAGCUGAAGGAGGGAGGACACCGCGUGUUGCUCUACUUCCAGAUGACGCGCAUGAUUGACCUGAUGGAGGAGUACCUGACCUACCGCAACUACAAAUACUGCCGGCUGGACGGCUCAACCAAGCUUGAGGAUCGACGAGACACCGUUGCGGCCUUCCAGUCCAGUCCAGAUAUCUUCGUCUUCUUGCUAUCCACCCGCGCCGGCGGUCUCGGCAUCAACCUCACCAGCGCCGAUACCGUCAUCUUCUACGACUCGGACUGGAACCCGACGAUUGAUAGUCAAGCCAUGGACCGCGCGCAUCGUCUCGGUCAGACGAGGCAGGUUACGGUCUACCGCCUCAUCACGCGCAACACGAUCGAGGAGCGCAUCCGUAAGCGCGCGCUGCAGAAGGAAGAGGUGCAGCGUGUUGUCAUCUCUGGGCAAGCGGGCGGUGACAAGGUCGUUGACUUUAACAAUCGGAGUCGUGAAAUGAACCGCACGAAGGAGAUGGCUAUGUGGCUUGCGGAUGACGAUCAGGCUGCGGCGAUCGAGAGGCGCGAGGCGGAGGUUCUGGAUGAGGAGGCUAAGGCGGGAGGGAAGCGGAAGAGGAAGGCUGCUGCGGCGAAGAAGGAGGUUAGUAUGGAUGAUAUGUAUCAUGAAGGUAUGUUUGCAAGCGCUUGGGAAGGUUGUGGAAGUGUGACUGUGCUGACAUACUGUGCAGGCGAAGGGAAGUUUGAGGACGGCGCGUCGCAUGAACCGUCAGGCGCUGCUACGCCGGUGUCGAAUAUGGAUGGGCCGCCGGCGAAGAGAAAGAAGGGUCUCAGCAAGAAGGCCAAGACCGUGCAGCAGAGGCUUGCUGUUGUGGAUGGUGAGACGUGAGGUUGCGGGUAACUAUACCGGGGGGUUGUUGCGGGUGACAGAAGGCCCGAUCAUCUAGCAUACUGCGACAACGACGAU